AUGGAGCGUGUCGGAGCGUCGGUGCGGAUCCGUCGCUUCGGACUUUGCCUCGUCUGCGAUGCGCGUGGAGCCCCCAACCCUCUCGGGAAUUGUUGUCUGCAACUGCAUGAAGAUGCGAGGCAGAAGUGGGGCCGAGUGGAGCGCCGCCGAAGGGACAAGAUCAACAACUGGAUCGUGCAGCUCUCCAAGAUCCUGCCCGACAGCGUCACGGAGAACAGCAAGACAGGCCAGAGCAAAGGCGGCAUCCUGUCCAAGGCGUGCGACUACAUCCAGGAGCUGCGGCAGACGCAGCAGCAGCUGGUGGACAACAUCAAGGAGACGGAACGCCUCCACAUGGACAACGAGCUGCUCCGCCAGCAGGUGGAAGAGCUCCGGAACAAGAACACGAUGCUGCGUGCGCACUUACAGCAGAACGGCAUCGCCGUGAUGGUGUCCAGUCCAGGGCAGUAGCGGACACCACACACUCACACACACACGCACACAGGCACACACACACGUACACACACGCACGCACACACACACGUACACACACGCGCACACACACACACACGCACGCACACAGGCACGGGUACGCACGCACAGGCAGGCACAUGCACACACACAGGCACGCGUACGCACACACACGCACACACGCACGCACAUGUACAUACCGCACACCACACGCACAGCUCGUACGCACACGUACGGACACACGCUCGGACACACGCUUGAUCGCACGCACACAAACCGCUCGCACACACGCACGCACACGCUCGGACACACGCUCAUACGCGCACACACACACGCUCGAUCGCACGCACACAAACCGCUCGCACACACGCUCGUACGCGCACACACACACGCUCGCACACACGCACGCACACGCUCGAUCGCACGCACACAAACCGCUCGCACACACGCACACACGCUUGUACGCGCACACACACACGCUCGCACACACGCACACACGCUCGUACGCGCACACACGCACACACACGCUCUUCUCAUCUUUGGGGAGAGGUAGAGAGGGUGGUGGUGGGAGGGAGGGAGGGAGGGGCCCUGCCUGCCCCCCCCCCCCCUCUAACGAGUGGCAGGUUGAGUUUUACAGUUAAACGUUUAAAGAAGAAAAACAUUGAUGCAAAACAAAGUUAGAUUGGUUGUAAUCUAGCGUUAAUGAUUGGGUUCCCUCCCCUGCCCGCCCACCACGCACCCCCUCCCCCGCGCUUGUAGCUCCCAGGACUUCAUUGCUUCAUGAAGCCUGCGGGAGCAUUGUACGUACGUGUACAUACGUACGUGUACAUACGUACGUACGUGUGUACGUGUACAUACGUACGUGUGUACGUGUACAUACGUACGUGUGUGUACGUGUACAUACGUACGUGUGUGUACGUGUACAUACGUACGUGUGUGUACGUGUACAUACGU